GCUCAGUGUGCAGAGCAGCUCUGUGGCACGCUCACUGCAGACGGAACCUGCUGAUCGACGAGGUCUCUGCCAGCAGGACUCGGAAUAUUUUUGGUUUUUCCCACAGGCGUUGUCUGGUACAGACUUGAGCAGCGCUGCUCAAGCCAUGGAGGGAGUGUGUGCUGCAGUUUGCGCAGCUUUUUCCGUGGCUUAUUCUGGGUACUUUCUCACCCACCUGGCACGUAAGUAGAUGUUGCAGCAUAUGGAAACCAAAAUGCCACAAAGAGGCCUUUGGUUGGGUAAAGCCGCUGUCAACAGCUCCAGCCAAGAAGGGGGUGUCUCUAGCCAGUGGGGAGUGGGCAGCAUUUGUAAUGUGGCCUGCAGGGGCUUCACUCCUCCUGUGGCACAGCCUGUGGCUAUGGAGUUUAGUCUCCUCAGUUUACUGGCUCAAGGAAGACAACUUCCAAGAUAGGAAGAGUGGGAGAGCUUGUCAGGAGUCCUUGUAAAAGCUGUGCACUGCUCUCCAGGACUGAGGGAAUGUCCCUCAGUUCAAGUCUUCUUGUCUGCAUUCCCUCAUCCCAGCAUGUGCCUGUGGACCUUGACAUUUCCUGCACACUAAAAGAGCCAUUUGUUCUGUGAUGAAGUCACAGAAUCAGCUUGGAAAAGGCCUCUGAGAUAGACAUUUCAGAGGAGUUCUUGUAUGCUCCCGAACCCUGGAGCUGUUCCCGUGCUGUGUCACGAUAGAAUUGCCACCCUGGCUAAGGGGCACUUGGGUGAAGCUUUUCCGGGGAAAGGUUUUCAGUGAGCUCAUGGCAAUUGCUGCAUGCAAUCUCUUGAGAAAACUGAAGCACAGGAAAGGGAGGAGCUGUAGCUCCUGCUGGGUGGGGUGGGGCAGAAGCAGUGAUUGUUACAGAACCACUGGGCCUUUCUGAGUCUCAAGUUUCUGUGGGUUGAGUGGCCACAGAGGACAGAAGGUCACAUCACCCGUGCCUGGAGAGAAUCCGGUCUUUGGGUGAGUGGGAAAGAAGUCUCUGGCCUUGGUAGCAUUUGACAAUUGUGGAGCAAGCUGUGAGCUGGGUGUGUUGCAGUCCAGUGCCAGCCUGGUUGGAUGAAUGAAACUACAGUCCAGACCCUUUGCAGCAAGAGCAGCAGCAGCAGGAGGAGCCCAGGCUGUUUUCUCCAAUUCCUUUUCAGAGCUUUUAAGCAGCUGGAAGUGGGGUUGCUUGGUGCUUUAAGCCAUGACGGAAUUUCCCCUGCACAAGAGAGUGCAGUCCCCUCUAAUUGUCCCAUUUUACUUCAGUGGGAACAACUUAGAAACCCAUUUCUCUGCAGAUGAUUUCUCCUUAGUGCAUCUGGGUCUAGAGCUGAACAUAGAAAAGGUCACUUGUCCCUCACGCUGCUGUCUGUCUGCAGAGCCCAACACCAACCUCGGAGGAUCCUCUGGCUGCGUGUCUUCCUGCAGAAGAGGCCAGAGGGGAGGAAGAUGCUCCCCAAACUGCGCCUGCUGCCACUGCAGGGCCUGAGCAUCCAGCAUCAAGCACAAGGGCAGCGUCAGCACCUGCUCUAGCUGCCUCUGUACCUGAGGAAGAGGCUGAAGAGGAGGAAGGUGCCGAUGAACCUGGCCCUGCGGUCAGCCCAUGGCCGGAGCAAACAACACCAGUAAGUGCCCGCUUUGGGUAGCAGCGUCUUUGGUGUCAUUUUGUCCGUCAUGUAAAAGCAGCCUUUGGAUUUUGUGCCUUGAGCUGUUGAAGCGGGCUGCACAAGCUGAGAGGUGAAGAGCCCUGGGUGUGGCCAGCAGCAUCUUCCUAGGGGCUUGCAUUUGAAAUGGAAUGGGGGCAUCUCUGCCAGGCUCAUUUGUGACCCAAAUUCAUUUCUUGUCCCAGAGCUCCAUCUCCUCUGUCCUGGCACCUGCACGAGCUGCAGCUGAAGGCUCGGGAGAAGGCUCCAGUGCCCAGGCUGGAAGCUCAAGCACGAGCAGCUCGUGCACCUGGAGCACAACCAGCUCGUCUGGCAGCAGAGAGCAGCAGCGAGAGAGGACAGAGGACAAGUGCCUGGCCAUGCUGAAGAUGCUGGUGAGCGAGGGAGAUCCUGAGGCUAAAUACACAGAACUGGAAACUCUUGGCAAAGGGGGUUUCGGCACUGUGUGCAUGGCAGUGGAGACUGCCACAGGAGAAGAGGUGGCCAUCAAGAAAAUUAGUCUCCUGCAAGAGAGCAGCAGCGAGCUGUGCCUGAAUGAAAUCCAGGUCAUGCGUGGCAGUAAGAAUGCCAACCUUGUGAACUAUGUAGACAGCUACCUGGUGGAUGAGGAACUCUGGCUGGUGAUGGAAUACAUGGACGGAGGUUCUUUACAUGAUGUCAUCAGGGAGACUCGCAUGGCAGAAGGAGAGAUAGCAGCUGUCUCUCGGGAGUGCCUGCAAGGCCUGGAUUUCCUGCACUCCAAGCAAGUGAUCCACCGAGAUAUCAAAAGCCACAACAUUCUCCUGGGCUUGGAUGGAUCAGUCAAGUUGGCUGAUUUUGGCCUUGCUGCUCAGCUCACCACCGAGCAGAACAAACGGAGAUCAGCUGUUGGAACAACUUACUGGAUGGCGCCAGAAAUUUUCACCAGGAAGCCCUAUGGCCCCAAAGUGGACAUCUGGUCCUUUGGCAUCGUGGGGAUCGAGAUGGUGGACGGAGCGCCUCCGUACCUGAUGAAAACCUCCCGCACGGUUCAACAGCUGAUAAGCACCGGGGCCCCCCCGAAGCUGCAGAAGCCCAGGCAGCAGUCGGCGUGGCUGCGAGACUUUCUGCACUGCUGCCUGGAGAGGGACGAGGACAGGCGCUGGUCUGCCCAGGAACUUCUGCAGCAUCCAUUUGUAACAUCAGCCAAGCCAGCCUCCUCCCUGACGCCUCUGAUCAUGGCCACGCAGGAGUUCAUGGCCGACAGGAGAUACUAGCCCUGGAGGAGGCCUUUGUUGUUGUUUGUUGUUUGAAGUUUGUAGUUUGUAGUUUAUAGCUCGUAGUUUGUAGUUUGUUAUGAGUGAUAGUCAGAAUAAAUACUAUAAU